CGCACGCUACCCCUACCGGCGAUUCCGCCGCUCCGGCCGCCGUUGCCUUCCUCGCAACCGCGGCCGCGGCUUCUGCUCCUUCUCUCCUGCGCGCAAGCCCCCCCCCCCCUCGCUCCUCGCCGCCGACGCGGGAGGCUGCUGUCGCACGAUUUUUCCCGCGGGUACUUCUCUCCAGGGAGUUCCUGCCGGCUCUUCGGAUCGGGGUGCGGUUGCCUGCCGCGGCGAGAUGAAGCCCCCUGCGCCCGCCGCUGCGGGCGAUAAGGGCGGUGCGGCGGCGGUGGACCCGUCGCUGCCGCGGUUCAAGUGCCAGGAGUGCCACCGCGCGCUCGUCGUCGUCGGCGUGGAGUCCUUCACCGAUAAGCUCCCCGCUCACGCCGUCUCUGGUAUGAAUGCGUCUUCUUUUCAAGGCGGCGUUAUGGGGGCUAGCAGGAUGGACAAUUCUUAUGUAGUGCUGUCUAAGCAAAAUAGAUCACACGGCCAUGGAAUUCCCCCACGGCCACCAAGUGCAGCAGUCCCUCGUACCGAACCUAACCGGCCCACAAGGGCGAUGGAGGGGUCAUAUAUAGUGCUUCCACCUGCUGCCGCAUCCAUAUACAAGAUUUCUGGCUCUGAAGGAGGCAGUGCGCAGUUGUCACCAACAAGCAUGAACUCCAGUAGCCCGUUGCCAGGAAAUAAUUUCCACUCUAGCGUGACUGUAUUAAAACGGGCAUUUGAGAUUGCUACAUCACAAACACAGAUUGAACAGCCACUCUGUCUGGACUGUAUGAGGGUACUGUCUGAUAAAAUGGAUAAGGAAAUUGAAGAUGUUAAUACUGACAUUAAAGCUUAUGAGGCAUGUCUUCAACGUCUGGAGGAGGAAACCUACAAUAUCCUCAGUGAAGCUGACUUUCAGAAGGAGAAACAAAAGAUUGAGGAAGAAGAAAGGAAACUUAAAUCUGCUAUUGAGGAAGCUGAAAAGAAAUAUUCAGAAAUUUGUUCUGAGAUGAAGGGUCUUGAAACAAAAUCUAAACAGUUCGAAGAACUGGAAGAAAGGUAUUGCCAUGAUCUCAAUAGCUUUCAGUUUCAGUUGACAUCUCACCAGGAAGAAAGAGACGCAGUUUUGGCCAAGAUAGAAGUUUCACAGGUUCAUCUAGAAUUGUUGAAGCGUACAAAUGUUCUCAAUGAUGCAUUCUAUAUUUCACAUGAUGGAUUGAUUGGAACAAUAAACAACUUUCGUCUUGGCCGCCUUCCUAAUGUACAGGUUGAGUGGGAUGAGAUAAAUGCUGCUUGGGGACAGGCUGCUCUACUGUUGCAUACCAUGGCCCAGCACUUCACGCCAAAAUUUCAAUACCGGAUUAAGAUUCACCCUAUGGGAAGCUAUCCAAAAGUGACAGACAUCGACGACAAUACAUAUGAACUGUUUGGUCCUGUGAAUUUAUUCUGGAGUAGCCGAUUUGACAAAGCCAUGACAUGGUUUCUGACUUGCCUGCAAGAAUUUGCCGAGUUUGCUAUUAGUUUGGAUAAAGAGAACAAUGUACCACCUGAGAAGUCAUUGAAUCUCCCAUAUAAGAUUGAAGGUGACAAGGUAGGGAGCCAUACAAUCUUCUUAAGUUUUAAUAAACUCGACAACUGGACGAAGGCACUAAAAUACACGCUGUGCAACCUGAAGUGGGUUCUCUACUGGUUCAUCGGCAAUACAAGUUUCGCCCUUCCCUCGGGAUCUUUAGCGCAGUCUUCCAAGAGAUGAAGUCACUGGCUUCUGGAGCUGAUCGUAGCCGCAUAUUGACAAAUUGCAUUGGGUAGACCCGUUUACAAUGUACAGAAGUAGUAGAUACAGCUAGCUAGCUUUGCAGUUGUAUAUAUGAUUAACAUCGGAAUGCACAGUAUCUAGUUGUGCAGACAGGUUUGGAUGG